AUGUGCAUGAGAUCCACGGUGGCGCUGAAGAGCCGCAGUGUUCUUUGCAAUUACGCCCAACUUGAGGCCGCGUCCGCGUCGGUUUCAUCACGACCAUCCCUCUCUCCGGGCGAGAUGCAACACUUGAAUCUAGGGAACGUUUUAGAAGCCGGUUUCCCUAGUGACAGCUUGGUCAAGAGCAAUGAUUUAGGGGGAACUGGCUCUAUUACAAAUUCGGACGAACUUGAGACCAUACAGCUGAUCUUCCUUUGA